ACUCAAGGGACAUCAUGCGGCAGGGCCUGCACCAGGGACGACCUGCCAAGCAACGUGCAUUGACUCAUGCCUCGCAUUUCCUCAUCCUCACCUCUUGGUAAUAUUAAACCCUCAUCUGAACUCCCAGCAAUUGACGAUUGGAGCUCCUAGUCUAGGAGGCAAAGUGCUCUCAACUGAGUUGGGCAUCUCAAAAAUGUGACCACUCUACAGGCCUGUAGCACACAACAGCUCACCCCCACUCCUUCAGACGCAUUUAAAUAAACUGUGCCAAAGAAGCUGGCUACUUGCCGAUUUUACUUGCAAAAACGCGGGCCAUGGCAUCUACAUCGACGCAGCCUCCAGCCUUAGUAACCAGUACAAGUCUGACACCCAUAAUGACAUUGAAGGGCCAUGAACGGGGUGUUUCAUCUAUGUCCUACUUCCCAGACGGUAAGCAGAUCAUCAGCGGAUCUGGGGACAAAACCGUUCGAAGAUGGGAUUUGCAGAAUCGUAAAGAGAUUGCAGAGGCGCGAGAUGUUUGUGAAGAGGGCGUGUAUGCGGUGACGGUAUCACACGAUGGUCGAUAUGUUGCCGUUGGUGGUGGAGAGAUGGAUACCGGGGAGCUCAAAUCCUGCGAGGUCGAGACGGGGAUCACGAAAGCUUUUCGAGGCCACUCACAGAGAGUUGCAUGUAUUGAUAUCUCCGCAGACAGCACCCUGUUAGCGAGCGGAUCAUGGGAUGCUACAGCGCGAAUAUGGAGCUUGGACACUGGUAAACUUGUGGCGGGUCCAUUCGCAAUCCUUGAUUGGCCGGGCGCAGUUCUAUUUUCACCAGACUCAGAGAAACUCGCAGUGAAGUCAGAGGUGGGGACUUGCCUAGAAGUCUGGGAUAUCCCUACAGAAACUUUGGACAUUAGCGCAGGGAAAUCUGGUGGUAAUUCGAACAUGACAUUUGCGCCAGUGCGCUGGACCAACAAGAAGAAAACCAUCAUAGCAGCAUGCAACUUCGUGGAUAAUGAAGAGGCUACAACGAUCAAUGAGUUUGAUGCGUUGACGUUGGAGGUUGUUGAAACUCCCUUCGAAGGCCACACCAAAUGUAUCAGCGAUCUACGACUUUCAUCUGGCGGUGCUCUCCUCGCCAGCGCUUCCCAAGAUCAUAGCAUCAAAUUGUGGGCUUUCGAGUCCCGCCAGCUCCUCGCCUCUUUUCACGUUCAGAAUGUAGAGUUACUCAUGCCCUCACCUGACUCACGCCACCUGGUAUAUACGACCGCUGGUCGCGACAUCUAUAUAUGCAACACUCCACCCGCUGUGCUUACUGCACUGGAAGCGCAGUCUACCUUCCAAAAAUCGAAUAAAACUUUUGAGCGCGUACUUCAGUCAGAUGCAACCCGUCGUUCUGCUGCAGCGCGUCGUAACCCAGGGACAUUGCCUGCUAUAUCCUUUACCCCCAGGCGGCAAAGACCUCUGUCUACUACAGAUCAGCAACAACCGAUUUACCUUCGCCUUAGCAAACUCCUUCACUUUUCCUCUCGUCGGAAUAAUCAACCUCGUGAUCCCCUAGAUUUCCCUGCUACGCUACCCUUACCACCCAAUCCAUCUCUCUCGCGGCAGGUUGCAACUCAGUUUGAUGAUUUCGAAAUAAGUUCUCCGCCUUACUCCUCAAAUGGAGUCACACAUUUUCUACGUCAGCACCUUCCUUUCCUCGUACCAAGACAUAGCCAUGGGCCGCCGGUCGUUGAAGUCGCACCCGGGCGGAAAGUUACUCGUCUUGCUGCUGCCAAAUUACCCGAGUACAGGAAAGUCGAUGAUACACGACAUCCUUUGAACCAACAACCUGGAGUACCGCAGGACGUUGAAUCGUCUGACACCGAUUCGCUCCCGGAUGUGCAUUGGCUCAAGGCGUUCCUUUGUUAUUAUUCAUGCUUGUCUCAUGGUAGAUUGAGGAUGCCACCACGAUGGCGCUUGGAGCGUGUUGACAUACCCCGUCAGGAUGGCGCAACGGGUAGCAGUUAGCUUAAUGUGCAAUCAUCUAAUACCUUUGGAUGUUUUCAGUCUUCUAUACCGGUAGGCAUCGCUGUUGCUUCUUCACCAGCUGAGACUAGCUACUUCUUUCGUUCUUGAUACAAGAAGAAAUAGGCUUGCCUAGACCUUUCAAAUGUACUUCGAAACGCCAUAACUUUGAAUAAAUUCUGAGAGAUCCUCCUAGAGGGCAAUUUUCUCCUUGCAGAACGCUCGGCAGAUAUUUCCCUACACAAUACUGCUAGUUGGUACAUGUACACGUUCCUGGAAAACAAUCGAAUGCAUGCUAGUGUCCGUGUAGGAGUCUCCCAC